AUGUCUGAUAAUUUGAAAAGAGCAGAGUCGUUGUUCAAUAGAAUUAUUAUGAACCAAGGGGCUGACUUGUCGCCCACAGUGUCGGCUUCCAGUGGUGCUUCGACACCGAGUUUCCCACCCAGAUCAAAGCACCAUCACAACAAUCAUCACCAACAUAAUAGUCAUGACAAUAACAAUAAUAAUAAUAGUAAUAACAACGGCUCACGUAAUCAUUAUAACAACCACCAUCAUGGCUCGUCGAGUCUGCAUGCGCCCGUGAUUGAAUUUUCCAAAUUGCCCAAACUCGAUGUUCAGAAAUUGACCCAGGAGGCACUCGCCAGUGUAUCAGUAUCGGACCAUGUUCUCGCGUACUGUUGGACGGUAUGGCACCAUUCCAGAAACAAGAAACCCGCAGCUCAAGUAGCUGCUGCUGCGACCUCGGCUGUUGAAAGCGACGCCGCCCAAGUAGGGGUCGAUUCGUAUUUACAGACAACCAACCAAGUUCAAUUCACGCACCAAAGUCAAGAUUCUUCUUCUUCCACCACGAUUUCCCACGUUGCUUCUGUUGAACAGAUGUGGACUAUGCUCACUUCGAUCAAGAACAGCUUUAAACUCGCCAUCGGCACCGAGUUUCUCAUUUUCAAAACGGGAGUCAAUCCCGCGUGGGAAGAUCCCGUGAAUGCCAAAGGUGGAAGAUGGAUCUUUAGAUUCGCGAGAAAAUCCCAGGACCAGAAAGAGUUACAACAAGGUAGUGGUGGCGGUGGUGACGCACUUCUGCCUUGUCAAUCGGUGGAGAAGUUGCGCAAGAGAUCAGCGUUGGUGUGGGAAAGACUAGUUCUCAAGAUCCUCACGGGGAACUUUAUUCCCAACUCGCAAUCGCUCGAGUUGCAAAAUGUGCUACUUAACGAUAUCUGUGGAAUUGUGCUUAGUGUGAGGAAAGACGAAGACAUUAUAUCUGUAUGGAACUCCAAUCUCAAUUUUUCCAAAAAGCAGUUGGAAAAACUCAGCGCUGCCACCAGCACAUCUGGUGCCAACACAAGUCCGCUUUCUGCGUUUCAAGCUAGACGUGUCAUAUGCGACGCUAUAUUACGCGUGAUUCGUGAAUGCGACUCCAUAAUAGAUGGCGGGUCAGAUGGCGUAACCACGCUGGACUCUGGCGCAAACGAACGCGUGUGGGGAGUCAGUUUUGAAUACAGAUUGCAUGUGGAAGCCCCACACGGUGGUGGUGCCACCAAUGGCGGCGGUGAAGGUUCAAAUGUCAAUCUGGGUAACUCGAACAGAGAGAGAGGUGGUGGUAAAAACAACAAUAGGUAUCAUAAUCACAAUCACAACAGUCAUCAUCAUCACAACCACCAACACCACCAGAAUCAUCACGGACAUCAUAAAUCUUCUUCCUUACUUCCAUCUUCGUCUUCGUCGUCCUCUUCCACCACAUCAGCAAGACAAGCUGCCGCUAAUUGA